UGCAAAUCAGUAAAUAAAGUGAGUCGACUCACCUUAUCCCAUCACAAACACUCAACCUUUUUCUUUGUAGCUCAACAAAAAUGAAUAUGACCUGAAGCUGAGAAACACAAAACUCGUACCCCAAUCAAUGGCUGCAACUGCUGUGACAUUUUCAUGGCUCUCUCCAAUACCCAACUUCAACCCCACAUCUUCUCACAAGGUUUCAUUCAAGAUUUUGGCUCUUCCCGCCACCAACUGUUUGAUAAAAGGUCUCACAGCCAACCAAUACCCGAUUUCCACAACCAAAACUUGUAAACGCAAGGACCAAACUCGUUUAUCACAUUUCACACCCAUGUAUGCAACUUUGAAGAGCCCGAAAGGGUUUGGUCCGCCCAAAAAGAGCAAUAAAACAAGUAAGAAAACGACCAAAGAUGAUGACGAUGAUGAAGACAACAAGAGGGAUGAAGAAGAAGAGGGUGAAGAGGCAGAUGAGGGCGUAAUACCAGAGAUAGUGACGAACAGGAUGAUUAGCAGAAUGGGAUUCACAGUUGGGGCUCCCCUGUUUGUUGGCCUGUUGUUCUUUCCGUUCUUCUAUUAUCUCAAAGUUGGUCUCAAAAUUGAUGUGCCCACUUGGGUGCCUUUCAUUGUGUCUUUUAUCUUCUUUGGGACAGCUCUGCUUGGGGUGAGCUAUGGGAUUGUGUCAUCCAGUUGGGAUCCACUUAGGGAAGGUUCUUUAUUGGGUUGGAAUGAGGCUAAGAAAAAUUGGCCUGUAUUUUGGCAGUCGUUCUGGGGUGGAUCCAAGAGAACGUAGCCCUUGUUUUAAGACUAAGCUAGCUGAGCCUUAAGUAUGGUAGUAGGCCUUACACUACAUUCCAUUACAGGCAGAAGAGUCUUUGUAUAUUUUGGAAUUGACUUGUAUAAAAAUAGAUUUCUUCUUUUUCUUUUA